AGCAUCAAAUCAAAACCCUUUAAACAGUUUCAACACAAUCAUUCUGUUUUUCAUUACACAAUCGUCGUGUCGUGGAAGAUAGAAAGAAAUGGUGAGGAGCGAAGACCGGUUCGAAUACGCGUUCUUCGACUUGGAGACAACAAAGCCGACCCAACCCGGCCAGGAAUGCAUCAUAUUGGAGUUCGGGGCGAUUCUGGUUUGCCCGAGUACGCUGGUGGAGCUCGACCACUACUACACCCUGGUCCGACCCGCCGACCUCUCCUCAAUCGCCUCCUUGCCCAUGCGCAGCAAUGGCAUUAACAUAGACACCGUCUCUUCCUCCCCUACCUUUCAAGAGAUUGCAGAUGAGGUCUACGACAUUCUCCACGGACGUAUAUGGGCAGGUCACAAUAUACUGGGGUUUGAUUGUGCUCGGAUCCAGGAGGCGUUCGCACACAUUGGUCGGCCUGCACCCAAACCCAAGGGUACUAUUGAUUCCUUGACAUUGUUGACACAGCGCUUUGGAAGGAGAGCUGGUAACAUGAAGCUGGACACUCUUGCAAACCAUUUUGGGCUUGGACCGCAGGAACACAGGAGUUUGGCUGAUGUUCGACUGAAUCUUGAAGUUUUGAAAUACUGUGCAACUGUCUUAUUCCUGGAAUCAAGCCUCCCGGACAUGUUGACAGAGAAUGAUCCCAUAACAUCUCUUAGUACUCAAAACGCAGGACUAGAUCCCUUGCACAUGGGCCCACUCAGCAAUGAAAUGCAGGAAGAGUUGAAUCAGCCGGACGCCGCUGUGGGAUUUUUAGAGCCUGAUGAAGUUCUUAUUCCUUCUAUCUAUGCUUCCCUUGUCCCGUGGUAUCGUGGAAGUCAGAGGAUUAAGUUACUACACGAUCUGCAGCUUUGCUGUAGGCAUAUGAAAUUACGGUUUGGAAUCAAUAUGAAAUCAGAUUUGUUUGAUUAUUCUGGACGGCCAAAGUUGGAUAUUAUCGCAGACGCAUCACCAAAUUUAUGUAAAGUUCUUGAUGCAUGUGAUGACAUUGCAAGUAAGUUGUCUGUGGAUUCUGGAAGCAAUUCCGAAUGGAGGCCUGUUGUGAUCCGGCAAUACGACUACCCUGCAGUGAGAUUGCAUAUACCGGCAUCAGGGGAUAUUAGGAUCUACGCCACAGAGAUAUAUAAAAAAGAGCCUUCUGGCACUGAGCAGAGGCUAAUCUUCACUAAAUUUGAUAAAUCAGAACUUAGUACCUUGUUCAAACAGGGGAGUUUUAUGGAUGCAUUCUUUUCCUUGGAUCCAUAUGACUAUCAGCAGAAUGCAGGCAUUAGGUUGGUGGCAAAGAAAUUGGUUAUUCAUUCGAUGAAUUUGUAUUUCUGAUUUACUAUACAUGUUCUUUAAAUAUGUAAUCUGAUCAACUCAUGUUUUUAGUAUAAAGUUAUUAUUACUUUACGCAA